UAAAACCAUACGAUUCAAUAUUUUAAAAUAAAUAACGAAAAUGUCUACGGAUUAUGAUGUUGUAGUUGUCGGAGCUGGUAUUUUUGGAUCGUGCACUGCAUACAAUUGCCAAAAAAUUGGACUCAAGACAUUGCUUCUCGAACAAUUUGAACUUGGUCAUAAAAACGGUAGUUCUCAUGGUAAGAGCAGAAUAACACGUUAUGCCCACACAGAAGUGGAGUAUGUUGAUCUUGUUGGCGACGCUUACAAUCAAAUUUUUGAGUUGGAGCGAAUCCGAGGAGAAAAACUCUGGAAGAAAACUGGCCUUCUCUGGGUGUCCACUGGGAACGAAGUAGAGAAGAUUCAUACUAAUUUGAAGUUGAAAGGCAUCAAACAUGAAGUGAUCAAAGGAACAGAAGUUGGAAAGAGAUAUCCACAGUUCAAGUUCGAUGAUAGUUGGAAUGGUUUGAUUGAUCCGAUGGGUGGCGUGAUUUAUGCAGAUAAAUGGUUGAACGCUUUCAGGGAUGAGUUCAAAAAAAUAGGAGGAAUUAUCCACGACCGUGAAAUUGUUCUUUCCCACUCCGAAAUCUCAAACAACCUUUUCGUAACCACCAACAAAAGUCGUUACUCAUCAAAGAAAAUUAUUUUCACUGUUGGUUGCUGGAUCACAAAGUUUUUGCCUGAUCUAAAGUUCAAUAUUGAACCAAUCAGUAUUUCGGUGUGCUACUGGAAAACGAAGAAUGAAUCUGAUAGUCACUUAUUGAACGAAGAUCAUUAUCCGGUUGUCAUCGCUCAAGAAAUGGAUCUUCAAGUUUUCCACUAUUCACUUCCCGACACUGAUUAUCCAGGAUCUAUGAAAUUCUGCUAUCAUUUUGGCGAUGCUUUGACUCAGGACCUGGCUCACCCAGCACAACGAUCACAACGAUGUAUUGAUCUCCCCGCAAAAUUCAUUCAAAAAUACAUGCCGGUCGUAGAUGGUUCUGCACCAACGAGAAUUGACAAGUGCAUUUACACAAACUCACCAGAUGACCAUUAUAUUAUCGGAACAAUUCCGACAAAGAACCCAAACAUACUUGUUGGAGGUUGCGGUUCCGGGUCUGGGUUUAAAGUCGCGCCAGGAAUUGGAAAAGCUCUGGCAGAAAUGGCUGCUGGCAAAAAGACAACCGUUGAUGUCUCUUUCUUCUCAGCAAAUCGCUUCAAACCGUCGAAAAUUUGAUGUUCUUAACAGAUAUUGUCAGAUCGUGCUUGAGAAAUGAAUGAAAAAUUGAAUUUG